AUGGAUCGCGAGUUGGACGAACCGACCAGCGCAGAGGAGCCGCUCUUGACAGACGAAGAAAGAACGGUCGAUGGCGGCGACCAGCGCAUUCCGUGGGAGCCACCUCGCAGUGGAUACUUGGGCUCCAAGGUCAAGUAUUUCCGCCGCCUGCAAAAGGACUGGGUGUCGUUGUCGCCUCCUACCAAGGCGGCCAAGCCUCCCAGUGUGUACCCACCACCACACGUCCUUCCACCUGCAGCGUUUGUGCGGGGCGCGAGCGAAGAAAACCUGGCACCAUUGGACAACCUUACGUCGUCGAAGCGCGCGUUCCAGAGCACAUGGUCGACGGUGUUUUCCAUAUGGAACACCAUGAUUGGAUCUACCUUGGUGGCUCUUCCCUACGGUUUUUCAUGCAGUGGCGUCCUACUCGGCAUCGGCAUUGUCAUAUUGGUAGGCGUCAUUUGCUGCUACACGUGCAAUUUGGUCGUACGGUAUGGAAAGGACUUUUCCGACUUUGGCGACUUGAUGCAGUACCAUUUCGGCAAGCGCGCCCAGGCGGUGACCGUCAGCGUGUCCGUGUUUGUGCUUAUGGGUGCUUGCAUUGCGUACCACGUCCUCAUGAAGCAGUGCGCCUUCACAGCCUUCCACGCCGCCUUCGACUGGCUCGGCGUCCACGUCCACUGGACACCGUCGGCCGCCGCCCUCUUCGUGUGCUUGCUGUUCCCACUUACCAACGUCAAGGAGUUUGCGACGCUCGUGCGAUUCAACUCGUUGGGCAUUCCAUUUCUCCUCUUCACCAUCGUCUUCAUCACGUACCACGGCGUCCACGCUGUGGCCACGCACGCCCCCAUGGACGACAUCGCGUUCGGCGCCAAGUCGACCUUUGGCGUGCUCGGCGGCAUCGUCACGCUGUCCUUCUUCAUCCAUAACGCCAUCCAACCCAUCAUUCGGCACAGCAACCCAGCCAACUACGCGAGAGAUGUCACGGCGGCCUAUGUGCUGGUGGGCAUGAGCUACAUCACGGUGGGUGUGUUGGGGUACAUUGGGUUUCCAACCGGUGUCUCUAUCCAACAAAACUUUCUGGACGCGUUUCCCGCCAAGGACGUGUUUGCAUUUGCGGCGCGCAUGUCGCUGCUGUUGCAACUGGCGACGGUGUACCCGCUUUUCUUCGUCAUCAUCCGCACCCAAGUGUUUGGGCUGGUGUUUCAAAACACGUGGCCCAGUGCGUGGCGCGUCGUGCUGCUCAACUUGGGUAUCAUGGCCACAACCACCGCGUUUGCCGUGUAUUACCCCCACGUGGGGGACAUUUUGAGGUUCACGGGGGCUGCGGGGGGGCUCGUGCUUAUUUUCGUCGCCCCUAUCGGGCUCCACUGGAAGCAGCAACGGGCCCAGCGCCUGUGGACUAGGGGGUCCAUGUUGGUGCAUGUAGUGAUUGUCCUCGUCGGCGUCACAUUGCUAGUUUUGCAGCCGACCACUGCAGAUUGCGAAGCUACAGAUGGCCCUCGGCACCAGAACGCGUUCGACGCGCUGCCUGAUGACGCCAAAGAUCAUGCGAUCCGAGGUAUCAAGCUCCUGAAACAAGGCGACUUCCACAGCGGCAUCGCGGCGCUCGAGGCUGCGAUUGAUGUGGAGGGCGACAGUUGGAUCCUGUGGAAGCACGUAGCCAUUGCCCAUUAUGACCUGUGGAAACACGUGGCAUCCGCCAAGGCGACUCUGGCUUCGACAUCGUUCCUAACCAAACACAGCGGGGGCACAGCCGACCCCCUCGAGCGCUUUCUUCGGACUGCCUACGAUGUGUUUGUGGUGGCGAUGGAGUACCGACAGAACAAGCACCAUCCCGCCAUGCUGUUGAAACUGGCGGUGCUGUACGUCGAGCUCGAGGCGUGGCAAGGAGCGCUGGCACUGUGCACGUUGGUUCUGGAAACCACCAAGUGGAACACGUUUAGCCAGUUCAACGAGGCCGUAUUCUUGUCUGGCGCGGUGGCCAUUGCGUUGCACCAUGCCACCCAAAGCGGCGAGUACUUUGCCUACUUGGCCGAGAACCCUCCCCAUAACUUGCGCUCAUAUCGCGUGCUGCUGUUGGCUGGUAUGCAGUUGGACAGCCAGCCCGACUCCCCCGACGCCGUGGAAAGGGGCCGCGUGUUGUACGUCGAAGCGUACAACCGGCUCACGGGGGGCGUCCGGAUUCCGUCGCCGACGCCAUCGGAGGCCGCGGCCAUGGAACUGUAUCACACGUCUCACAAAAGCGAAAGUGAGCGCAUCCAGCUCUGGCUAGCCGACCCCAACGUGUGGGACAGCUUUGGUAUGGACCUCUUUGAUACGAACCACCCGUUCCUGGCUUCGUUAACGUUCGAGUACGCGCUUCGACGGGGGGGCUGUCGGUCGGUCGAGACCCUCGUGACCAUGGGGCGCGUCCACCACCGUCUCAAGCGCACGGACAAGGCCGAACUGGUCCUCGAGCAAGCGCUGCGCCUGGACUACUACGCCCACCCGACGCGGUUUUGGCUCGGCGUUGUCUCGUUUCGAUGGAGCCAGCACUUCAAGCGGGAAGUUCGAGGCGCGGUCGCAUUCCAGCGGGUAUAUCGAGGCCACUGCGGUCGAUGCCGCGCCCAUGUCCUACGACACCGUCGAGCGUGCGUAUGGCUGGAGAAAGUUCGCAGUGUCAGUCGCAUCUACCUCGUAGGCCGCACCGCCAAACGCGUUGUGGCGAUUCGAAAAGCGGCCGAGUUGACCCGGGAAGCUGUCGCCAGAGAUGCCAUGCACGACGAGGACUGGUUCCUCGUAUUUCUUCGGUGGAACGCCGCGGCUCGCUCCAUCCAGUCACUCCUGCCAAUCGCCCGCGCCAAACGCGACAAGAUCGCUCGCCGUGCAUGGCUCCAUAAGCACAAGGCGCUUCUCAGACGCGUAGUCAGCCACUCCAAUGACCGCCUCGUGCAAACGUGUUUUGCUGCCAUAGUCGAGUUCGUGGUGGUCGCGCGUCAAGUCCAACACGACGCCGCCGUCCUCCUCCAGCGCGCCGCGCGCAAGUGGCUCGGACGCCGCCAUCUCGCCCGACUCGCGGCCAAGCAUGCCGAGCAGCAGAAAUUGCUCGUCGUGUUCCUCGGCAAGGCCAACAAACGAUGGAAAGCCGACUGCUUUUUUGCCUGGAGAACUUGCAGGGAGCGCACGAAAGUACUCCGACGCGCCAGUGCCCUCCGCAUUCAGUGCGCCUACCGGUCGUUCAAAGCGCGCCAGGUGCUUCGUGCGAACAUGGCGCGUCAAGUGCGGGUGCGGCAGUUCAUGGCCCAGCUCGUCGUGUCUCGUGACGGGCUUUGCAUGCGCAAGACGUUCCACGCCCUGGCAGUGUCCGCCCUUGCCGCCCGCCUGCACAAACACGCAUGUGCGACUCGCAUCCAAAAGAUCAUGCGGGGCCGAUUCGCGCGCGCACUUGUAGUUCGCGUGCGCAAACGACAUCGGCACUGCGAAGGCCUGGUUGCCACGGCCCUGGUGCAACGGGCGGGGAAAUUCGUCGCGCAGCUGUGGACCACGUGGCAACUGUUUGUCCAGCUCGCACAACUCGAAAAACAGCUCGCUGCGACGCAUAUUCAACGCAUGGAACGGGGCCGAGCGGCCCGCCGCCGCGUCCGGAUUAUGCGAGAGUACCUCCACGUGUACUUUGGCCAGUCAGGUAGUCGUCUUCUUCCACUACCCGGCAAUAGGCAGCUUCGACUGGUGUUCGUGGGGCUGUGGAAGCACCGGAAGUUCCGCACCGAGCGCGAAGACAAGGCCACGCGGACCAUCCAGCGAGCCGUCAGGCGGUGUCGCCACCGACGCCAAGCCCGCCACCUUCGAGAAAAGCUCAAGCGAAAGAUGCAAGUCGCGACGAUGUUUCAAAAGACGUUCCAUGCCGCCGCCACCGCAUUCUUUCACGUGCUCAAGGGGCUCUGUGAUGCCAAACACGAUAAGUUGGACGUAGCCGCGAGGGUGCUCCAGCGGAAUCUGCGCGGGUGGCUGGCGCGGCGGGUGAUGGCGCGCUUGGCCAAGCAACAUCGCGCGGCCACAGCGCUGUUAGAUCGUGUGAUUCACCGGGAAGCGCGGGCGGGCAUGGGCAUGGUCCUGCGACUGUGGAAGGCUGGCCUCGUCGUGUGCAGGGAGGUCAACCGCGGGGCAUGCGUGACGAUCCAGCGUCGGUUCCGCGCGCGCCGGGCGAUAAAGGAGGCGCGGGUGAAGAUGGACAAGCGGCGGCGGCAGCGGCAGCUCGUGGAGCGAGGGACGGGCAAACCGCUCGUCCGGUGCUUUCACAUGUGGCAGAGUCGGGUGAUCGAGUCCGCUGCCUCCACGUUCAACGCGAGCUUGACUGCCAAGCACACCAAGCAGUUCACGGCGUGGUCUUCUACGAUUUCUUCAAGCGCAAGCGGUGGCGAUUCGCAGCCGUCGUCCGUGCCGUCCAUGCUGUUUUACCACGUGCUCACGAGAACUCGCCACACGGGGCUGUGUCAAUUGCCCUUUUGCCACGGCUUCGACCGCGCGCAGCUGCGCCAGCUGCUCCAAUUGGCCACGUCCGUCCUUUCCGACGGACGGGCCUCGUCGUCAUCUGACCUUCCACGUGGCAGCAGCGACGUGCUGGACACGCUGGCGUGGAUGCCACAAAGCCCCGUUCAAAAGCUCAUUCUAUUCAACGAGCCGGCCAUCGAUGGCAGCCGGCUCGCGGCAUGUCUCGACCGACCCAAGACACAUCCGUUGGUGUCGGUGGUCGUGGGGGGCUCUGUGCUGCCGUCGCGCCACGUCAUGGCCAUCGCGCUCAGCUUGGCCCAACCGCAUGCAAAACUACAGCAACUCGUGCUGGACUCGUGUCGUAUCGGCAACACUGGCACCGUGCUGCUCGCGAUGGGUCUCGCGCACAACAAAAGCGUGUGGAAAGUCGACUUGAGCGGCAACGGCAUAGGAGAUGUGGCGUGCCAAGCCCUCGGUGAACUGCUCCUGGCCAACGAUACCCUCCAGAUUCUAGCGUUGAACCAGAACCACCUCUCCGACAAUGCUGUGCUAAGCUACUUGGAACCAGCGCUGUUUAGCCUCCCGGCGGCAUCGGCGCUUGCGGCUGUUUACUUGCACGGGAAUCCCACACUUACCCGCCGGGGUCUCGACGCGCUGCAGUCGGCGGCAGCUUUCGUCAACCACCACGCUCAUCGAUCCGCGUCCAACACGUUGGUGAUCGAAGGGGGGUGA